AUGACGAAAGAAUUGUACCAUGAGCACCAAAAACUCUAUCGCUGUGGACUUCAUGCUCUUAAUAAUGUACUCCAGGGUCCUAUCUUUACGAAAACGGUACUAGAUAAUGCAUGUGACGAGCUACGAACUCGAGUUGAUCCGGAUGCUACCAAUGGAUUGAUACCUUGGGUCUGGAACCCACACAAAGCUCCAUUAGGUCUUGGUAAUUAUGAUGUCAAUGCAUUGACUCUAGCUUUACAGCAAAAAGGGUAUGUGAUGCAAUGGGUAGACAAGCGAAAACGAGUGGAUGACAACGUCAUCAUGUUUGACAAGGUGGAAGGAAUUCUGUGUAACGUCAUGAUGACGACAAUGUUCAGUAGUCUAUGGAUACAGCGACACUGGUUUGCUAUCCGUAAGAUUCAAGAUGUUUGUUACAAUUUGGACUCAAAGUUUUCGGCUCCAGUGCCAUUUGAAAACGAGAGCGAGUGCUACCGAUUCUUACAGGAACUUGUGGAUACUGGGGAGUGUGAAUUGUUCUUGAUUCUGAAAGAGUGCAAGACAACACAAGGUUGA